AGUCAAUCUCUUACACACUUCUCCAACUUUCUGGACAUUCAACUCCAGAAAAUUCCCAUCUUCUAACUCAUCUUUUAAAUCAUCUUCCCCAUGGCGCCCUUCUCUCUAUACUUUACACUACUCAAAACUCUUCAAUGGCAGCCACUCUUUUCUCCACGUCAUCACUGCUUUAUUCUCCACUCUCUUCAAGAAACAACCCAUUUUCACCAUCACUUCUAAACCGUUCACUUGGGAGACAAGUAAACUUAUUAAAACCUAUUAAAUUCUCUGUUAAAGAUGACCAAGAAACUGAACGGAGUAGUUCAGCUUCGGGUUCCAUGGCUGCGGUGUCUGAGGAAAAGAAUGAGCCGGAGGAGGAGGAGAAGGAGAAGCAGCAAGAAAUGGACUGGAAAGAAGAUGAUGAGUUCAAGAAGUUCAUGGGGAAUCCGUCGAUCGAGGCCGCGAUUAAGCUGGAGAAGAAGCGAGCUGAUCGGAAGCUUAAGGAGCUUGAUAGAGAGAGUAAUGAUAAUCCGUUGAUGGGGUUGUUGUAUGGGAUAGUUCGGGAUAAUUUGACUAGAGAGAAGGAGAUUUUGAGCAUGGCUGAGGAGGCUUUUAAGGCUCUUGAUCUUAAUAAGUUAAAAAGUUGCUUCGGAUUCGACACAUUCUUUGCAACCGAUGUUCGAAGAUUUGGCGAUGGUGGGAUUUUCAUUGGGAAUUUAAGAAGACCAAUUGAAGAAGUGAUUCCAAAGCUGGAGAAGAAACUGUCCGAGGCAGCAGGGAGACAGGUUGUAGUAUGGUUCAUGGAGGAGAAAAAUGAUGACAUAACAAAACAGGCUUGUGUGGUACAACCAAAGGCAGAAAUCGAUCUCCAGUUCGAGUCUACCAAACUAAGCACGCCGUGGGGGUAUGUCAGCGCGGUUGCAUUAUGUGUUACAACUUUCGGGACAAUUGCUUUGAUGAGUGGCUUUUUCUUAAAACCGGAUGCGACUUUUGAUGACUAUAUAGCCGAUGUUGUUCCCCUCUUUGGCGGCUUCCUCGCCAUUUUGGGAGUUUCCGAGAUAGCAACAAGGUUAACAGCAGCUAGAUAUGGUGUUAAACUUAGCCCGUCUUUUCUGGUUCCGUCCAAUUGGACAGGAUCUUUGGGAGUCAUGAACAACUAUGAGUCUUUACUUCCGAACAAAAAUGCUCUGUUUGAUAUCCCAGUAGCACGUACAGCUAGCGCGUAUUUGACAUCACUAGCGCUAGCAGUUGCUGCUUUUGUAGCAGACGGUAGCUUCAAUGGCGGAGACAAUGCAUUGUAUAUAAGGCCGCAAUUCUUUUACAACAAUCCCUUGCUUUCUUUCAUCCAAUAUGUUAUUGGACCUUAUACAGAUGAUCUCGGGAAUGUAUUGCCCUACGCGGUUGAGGGCGUUGGAGUUCCGGUUGAUCCUCUUGCUUUUGCUGGACUUUUAGGAAUGGUGGUGACUUCGUUAAAUUUACUACCCUGCGGUAGACUUGAAGGAGGCCGUAUAGCGCAAGCAAUGUUCGGACGAAGCACAGCGACUCUUCUGUCUUUCGCAACAUCACUUCUGCUCGGUAUAGGUGGUUUAAGCGGAAGUGUUUUGUGUUUAGCGUGGGGGUUAUUCGCAACGUUCUUCCGGGGAGGCGAAGAACUGCCUGCUAAAGAUGAGAUUACACCUUUAGGAAAUGAUAGAUAUAGUUGGGGCAUUGUUCUUGGCCUCAUUUGUUUCCUCACUCUAUUCCCUAAUGGAGGAGGAACUUUUUCUAGUCCAUUUUUUAGUGAUCCAUUCUUCAGAGGUGAUCUGUAGAAAAAAUGGGAUUUGUAUAUUUGGCAGGAUUAAAUGUAAAUUUUAUGAAAUGUAGUGUUUUGUAACUAUAAUAGGAACUUAAAAUCUUGACAAUGUCA